UCCGGAUCUUCUUCGCAAGUACUUUUAACGGUCCGCACCGCUUGAGGGCUAACGGAAGCGCCUUCGCUCCGCACGGCUUAAAAAAUAACAAGUCGUCCCGCUUUUCCCUCACCACCUCGUUAAAACAAACGUGCGCCAACCUCUCCUCGUCGCCUCCAGCAGAAACAAGUCGGGACUACUUUUUUCCCUUACUCGGAGGGGGGGGGGUGGAAUCGGCGCAUGCGCCCUUCGAAGGCGGAUGUAGCGAACGGCAAGCAUGAACGUGAGUGUCUCUACGGCCCGCCUCCCAGCCAGCAGAGUGUGACGUCGAGGCGGCGCGGGAGGAUCCUUGCGCAGGGCAGGUAGGGCCGCGUGAGGCGGGCGCCAUUUUGUGGCGGCUGCAAAGAGUGGGAACGAAAAGAGGAGGAGGCGCCUCGCUGCUGCUACUACCGCUGCCGCCGCCACGACUAACGCCGCCGCCACCACCUUCCUUGCUUCUCUCCCGCCGUUUUCCUCCCCUCUCUCCCCUCUUUUUUUAAAAAAACAAUUUUACCUCAGCUCCUUUUUAAAAUAUAUGCCCCUAUAAAUCUCCACCUGCCCUUUCCCCACCCGCUCCCGGGCCUCCUCUCGUCGGCUCCGUCUUCCAUUUUUCUCCCCUCACACGCGCCCACCACCCAACCGCAACCAUUGCCGACCUCGCUAUGUCUGGUGGCGGCGUGAUCCGCGGCCCGGCCGGGAACAACGACUGCCGCAUCUACGUGGGGAACCUGCCGCCGGACAUCCGCACCAAGGACAUCGAGGACGUCUUCUACAAGUACGGCGCCAUCCGGGACAUCGACCUCAAGAACCGCCGCGGGGGCCCGCCGUUCGCCUUCGUCGAGUUCGAGGACCCCAGGGAUGCGGAGGAUGCAGUCUACGGACGGGAUGGAUAUGAUUAUGAUGGGUAUCGUCUACGAGUGGAGUUUCCUCGAAGUGGACGGGGCACUGGCAGGGGAGGAGGAGGCGGUGGAGGUGGUGGGGCCCCAAGGGGCAGAUAUGGACCCCCAUCCAGGCGAUCAGAGUACAGAGUGAUAGUAUCAGGACUACCUCCCAGUGGAAGCUGGCAGGAUUUAAAGGAUCACAUGCGUGAAGCAGGUGAUGUAUGUUAUGCUGAUGUUUUCCGAGAUGGAACGGGUGUCGUGGAGUUUGUACGGAAAGAAGAUAUGACCUACGCAGUACGAAAACUGGAUAACACUAAGUUUAGAUCUCAUGAGGGAGAAACUGCCUACAUCCGUGUUAAAGUUGAUGGCCCAAGAAGUCCAAGUUACGGAAGAUCUCGCUCUCGCAGCCGUAGUCGUAGCAGAAGCCGUAGCCGAAGCAACAGCAGAAGUCGCAGUUAUUCCCCGAGAAGAAGCAGAGGAUCUCCACGCUACUCUCCCCGUCACAGCAGAUCACGUUCCCGUACAUAAAUGAUCUUUAAUGGUGCUCCUUUUUGUAGAAAACCCCUCCAUGUUGUACGCAGUUUUCCUUUACUCAGUAUAGUCUUUCUUUUUUUAAAGAAAAAAUUCAAGCUGUUUUACUCAAAAUUGGCUAAAGUGUUGAAUUGCAUUCUUGUAUAAUAUCCCUAGUGAGUAUUUGCUCCUUAACAUCAACAUUCCCUCAUGUCUUUGAUGAAUUGUAUUUUACCAUGUCCUAGGCAGGGUUCUCUCUAGUUAGGUAGUUUGCUGCCCAUAUUCUCUUCCAAUAUGGUAUUGCUGUAUAAAAUGUCUUUGUUCAACUAUGGUUUCUACAAGCUGGGAAUGUUGGGGGGAAAUUGUGCUAUAACUUGUCUCUUCUGGGGGAGUUUACAUUUUUAUCUUGCCUUUUCAUGUGUCUUUCUGUAGACAUAUCUGAAGAGAUGGAUUAAGAAUGCUUUGGAUUAAAGGAUUGUGGAACACAUGUCAAUCAUUUUAGGAUUGUCAAAAGGAGGAUUGAGGAGGAUCAGAUCAAUAAUGGAGGCAAUGGUAUGACUCCAAGUGCUAUUGUCACAGAUUAAAUUGGCAGUAUUGACCUUAUACUGAAACUAGCCUAGUACACAACACCUCCAUUGUUCCAUUAGUUAGCUGUAAUCUUCUAACUUCCAUGAUGCAAUGAAUGCUAAAUAUACCCAUGUAACUCUUCCAGUCUCUGGGGGUGGGGGACGUAUGCUGAGUGACUGCAAUGUAUCGUUUGAUUACAGGUGCAAACCAUUAGUGCACCUGUAAAGUACAGGUUGUUUCAAACCUGUAAGUAUAACCUCAAUACUGCUAAAAUCUGCAUGUCCUCUGUGUGACUGAUAUAGCAUUGCUGUUUCAUCUUAAAAGUAACAGAAUGAAAGCAAUUAUAGGAGGGUUUUUAAACAUGGGGGAUUCUUUUUAAAUCCACGUCUUCCCCUUCAGGAUAAGUCGAGAGUUGACUUGCAUCAAUUAAAUUUGUUACCUCCCAGAUAGUACAAUAAUGAGCUUUUAGUUUAGAUAUGCAGUAGGUGGAUAGCUUUAGCAGCAAGUUUUUGCAACUUCAUAGAAAACUUUUUUCAACCACCAAACCUGUAAAGCGCCAUAUAGGAAUUGAUAUGUUGGCAUUAUCAGUUACCCUGUGUAAAUACUAGAAUGUUUCCUCCAGAUAAUUAACAUUGCUAAAAUCUAAGCUUCACAAUUCAAAAGCUUGUCUUGGGGAAUUGAUAGUUAUGAAUGCCAAUCUUUAUUAUUCAAUAGCAGACAUAACUUAUCAUUCUCCUAAAUCCUAUUUUUCAUUACAGUAUCUAACUUUUUGCCUCCUUUUUUUUGGUUUUGCUGGUUAUAAAGGUUUGGAUUGGAGAGGGCUCACUGGAUCCCAAUCCUUGGAGCUGGAUCAUUGGAUUCAAAUCAUAAUGUGGAUAGGAUAGGGAGGAUCAAUUGCAAGGAUUCAUGGAGCGGGAUCAAAUUACCAGGAACAUAGGAGUGGAUUCCUGCCCCAACCAAACCGCAUUCGUGUGGAUUUUUAUUCAACUCAAUUGGCUAUUCCAAAGAUUUUUCCUAUUUUUGACGAUUGGAGCCCUUAAGAUGCACGAUGGAGUUUUCAUUUUUUGGUAAAAGGAGCAAAGCAAGGACCUGGAGAGGUACGCUGGAGCAUUCUCCUUGGAAGGAUUCAGCACGAGUAGAUGGUAAAUGUUAAACGGGAAAAGGGGGGUUUGUUUAAAAACGUUAAACCAAUAAGUCAUUUAUCUAAAUUUAAAGACAAAGAAAUUGGAGUCUUAAGAUUAAGUAGGUUUUCAAUUGGCUAUUGCCUUUUUUUUCUUUUGACAAAAUAAAAUUUUAUAAAAAAGUG